CUCAGCCUUUCCGAGUAGCUGGGACUACAGGCGCCCGCCACCACGCCCGGCUAAUUUUUUUUUUGUAUUUUUUUAGUAGAGACGGGGUUUCACCGUGGUCUCGAUCUCCUGACCUCUUGAUCCACCCGCCUCGGCCUCCCAAAGUGCUGGGAUUACAAGCGUGAGCCACCGCGCCCGGCAACAGUAGAUUCUUUGUUCCUUUUUCUUUCUUUCAUCUCCUCUCAGAUUGGUAACAUUUGGUAUUGGUGAAGGUAUUGUUCGGACUGUACAUUAUUCCAUUUUUUGGAGAGUAAUUUGCAAUGCUAUUAAUAUGUUAAAAAUGCAAACUCUUUGGGCAAUGGCAUUUCUAGGACCCUUUCCAACAAAAACAACAAUAUUUCAGCAGUGUGUACUAUAGCAAAACCUUGGAUUCAAAACAAACGAAGCUGGGUGUGAUGGUUCAUGCCUGUAAUCCAAGCCACUUGGGAGUCUGAGGUGGGAGGAUCACUUGUGGCCAGGAGUUCAAGACCAGCCUGGAGACAGAGCAAGACCCCAUCUCUUUAAGCGAAACCAAAAAUAAUCAUCAAGCCUGUAAUCCUAGCACUUUGGGAGGCCGAGGUGGGUGGAUCACUUGAGGUCAAGAGUUUGAGACCAGCCUGGCCAACAUGGUGAAACCCUGUUUCUAAUAAAAACACAAAAAAAUGGCCGGGUGUGGUGGCUCACACCUGUAAUCCCAGCACUUUGGGAGGCUGAGGUGGGUGGAUCACCUGAAGUCAGGAGUUUGAGACCAGCCUGGCCAACAUGGUGAAAUCCUGUCUCUACUAAAAAUACAAAAAAAAUAGCCAGGCAUGGUGGUGGGUGCCCAUAAUCACAGCUACUUGGGAGGCUGACGCAUGAGAAUCCUUGAACCCAGGAGGUGGAGGUUGCAGUGAGCCGAGAUUGCACCACUGCACUCCAGCCUGGGUGACAGAGCAAGACUGUCUCAAAAAAAAAAAAAAAUUUAGCUGGGUGUGAUGGCACAUGCCUAUAAUCCUAGCUACUUGGGAGGUUGAGGCAGGAGAAUCACUUGAACCUGGGAGACGGAGGUUGCAGUGAGCCGAGAUUGCACCCCUGCCCUCCAGUCUGGGUGACAGUGAGAAUCGGUCUCAAAAAAAAAAAAAAUUAAAUAGGGAACAAGACAUUUGUUCAAUGAAAUCCUAAGUAACCAUUAAAAACAAUGGGAUAGCUUCUUAUGAACUGGCCUUCCAGGCUGGAGUGCAGUGGCACAAUCUCGGCUCACUGAAACCUCCACCUCCCAGGUUCAAGCAAUUCUCUGCCUCAGCCUCCUGAGUAGCUGGGAUUACAGAUGUGUGCCACCAUGUCUAGCUAAUUUUUGUAUUUUUAGUAGAGAUGGGGUUUUGCCAUGUUGGCCAGCCUGGCUAAUUUUUGUGUUUUUAGUAGAGAUGGGGUUUCACCGUGUUGGCCAGACUGGUCUCGAACUCUUGACCUCGUGAUCCACCCGCCUCGGCCUCCCAAAGUGCUGGGAUUACAGGUGUGAGCCACCGCGCCCGGCCUGUUUAUGACAAGUUAAAGAAAGCGCAUGUCAGGGGCCUGACAUGGUGGCUAACGCCUGGAAUCCCAGCACUUUGGGAGGCCAAGGCGCGUGAAUCAGGAGUUCAAGGCCAGCCUGGCCGAGAUGGUGAAACCCUGUCUCUACUAAAAAUACAAAAAUUAGCUGGGCAUGGUGGCGGAUGCCUAGAAUCCCAGUUACUCGGGAGGCUGAGGCAGAGAAUUGUUUGAACCUGGGAGGCGGAGGUUGCAGUGAGCCAAGAUCGCGCCAAUGCACUCCAGCCUGGGUGACAGAGUGAGACUAUGUAUCAAAAAAAAAAAAAAAAGCACAUGUUAGAACAAUAACAUUAUGAUUUCGUUUCUGUAAAAAUUAAAAAGAAUGGGCUUGUGCAUAUAUGUAUAAAUAUGUGUGUAUAUACAUUUACAUCUGCAUAAGCAUAAACAAAUCUGGAAGAUAGCACCCACGGUGUCAACAGUGGUUUCCUUUGAAGUGUAGGGUUUAAUUUCUUCCUUAGUUUGCUCAUUCGUUCAUUCAGUAAAUGUACAUUGAGUGCCCACUACAGGCUAAGCACUAUUUUAGGCACUGAGGAUACAAUGAUAUGUAAAAUCCCUGUCCUCAUGGAGCUUACACUCUAAUGCAGGAAGACAGACAGUAAGGAAAUAAAAUUAUAGUAUCUUGGAUGGUGAUAUGUGCUAUAGGGAAAAAUAAAGUAGAGAAAGGAGAUGGGAGGGCAGUUUGCAGUUUCAAAUAAAGUGGAUUGAAAAUGUAGAGGGAACAUUUUAUAUCUUUGUAUCCUUAAAUAAUUGGUAGGAUUAUCAAGUGUUUUCCUUUCUUAUCAUGUGAGUAGUUUUCUGUAUAGCCCAAAUAAACACUAUAAAAAAGAGAAUAAAAAGUUAUUUUCUCCCCAGAAUUAAAAUGCUUGUUUAUUUAUUUGUAUUUAGAGAUGGGGUCUUGCUCUGUCACUCAGGCUGCAGUGCAGUGGCAUGAUCAUGGCUCACUACAGCCUUGAACUCCUGUGCUCAAGUGACCCUUCCAUGUCAGCCUCUGUAGAUGAGACUACAGAGUUUUACUCUUGUUUCCCAAGCUGGAGUGCAUGGCACGAUCUUGGCUCACUGCAACCUCUGCCUCCCAGGUUCAAGUGAUUCUCCUGCCUCAGCUUCCCAAGUAGAACUUCUUGAAUUUGCCCGGGAGAUUGGUAUUGAUCCCAUCAAGGAACCAGAACUGAUGUGGCUGGCGCGCGAGGGCAUCAUGGCCCCACUGCCUGGAGAGUGGAGACCAUGCCAGGACAUCACAGGUGACAUUUACUAUUUCAACUUCACCAACGGGCAGUCUACGUGGGACCAUCCAUGUGAUGAACACUAUCGGAACUUGGUGAUCCAAGAGCGGGCAAAGCUGUCAACUUCUGGGGCCAUUAAGAAGAAGAAAAAAAAAAAGGAAAAGAAAGACAAGAAGGACAGAGAGACCCCCAAGAGUUCCCUGGCCCUGGGUUCCUCAUUAGCCCCAGUUCAUGUUCCUCUUGGGGGCCUGGCUCCUUUACGAGGUCUUGUGGAUACCCCACCCUCUGCCCUUCGUGGAUCUCAAAGCAUGAACCUGGGGAGCUCAGUGGCAUCUGGACGUCAGCUUGGAGAACUCGUGCUGCCUUCACAGGGUCUCAAGACCUCUUCUUAUACAAAGGGUCUCUUGGGCUCCAUAUAUGAGGACAAGACUGCUCUCAGCCUCUUGGCUUUAGGAGAAGAAACCAAUGAGGAGGAUGAGGAAAGUGACAACCAGGAGUCUCUGAGAACAAGCCAGCCAGAGGAGAAGAAGGAUGUUUCUCUGGAUUCAGAUGCUGCCGGUCCCCCUACUCCCUGCAAGCCCUCCAGCCCAGGUGCAGACAGCAGUCUAAGCAGUGCUGAUGGCAAAAGGCAACAGGGAAGUGGGUCAAGACCUGGGCUUCCAGAAAAAGAGGAAAAUGAGAAGAGUGAACCUAAGAUUUUCGGGAAUCUUGUGACCCCCAAGGCAGACCGUAGGGGCAGUGAGCCUGCCAAAGCCUCUGAAAAGGAAGCACCAGAGGACACAGUAGAUGUAGGAGAGGAGGGUUCCUGGAGGGAAGAGGCAGCCGAGGAGCCAAAGAAGAAGGCUUCUGCUCUGGAAGAGGGCAGUUCAGAUGCCAGCCAAGAACUGGAAAUUAGUGAACACAUGAAGGAACCACAGCUCUCAGACUCCAUAGCUUCUGACCCCAAGUCCUUCCAUGGCCUGGACUUUGGUUUUCGCAGCCGGAUCUCGGAGCACCUGCUGGAUGUUGAUGUGCUUUCCCCAGUCCUGGAUGGAGCUUGUCGGCAGGCCCAGCAACCACUGGGAAUAGACGACAAGGAUGACAGCCAGUCCAGCCAAGAUGAGCUGCAGAGCAAGCAGUCCAAAGGCCUGGAGAGUUCUCUUCCCGCUCUCCAAAUGGAGGGGCCUGACUCUGCUGCUCUGCCUGGCCUGACCAGGUUAUCUCCUCCACUUCCACACGAGGAGCGGGCCCAGAGUCCCCCUCGCAGCCUGGCCACCGAAGAAGAGCCCCCCCAGGGCCCCGAGGGGCAGCCCGAGUGGAAGGAGGCAGAGGAGCUUAGGGAGGACUCUGCAGCCAGCCUCAGCCUGCAGCUGUCCCUCCAGAGGGAGCAGGCCCCAAGCCCACCUGCUGCCCAUGAGAAGGGCAAGGAGCAGCAUUCCCAGGCCGAGGAGCUGGGCCCUGGUCAGGAAGAGGCAGAAGAGCCUGAGGAGAAGGUGGCGGUCAGCCCCACCCCGCCAGUCUCUCCAGAGGUGCGAUCCACAGAGCCUGUAGCUCCCCCAAAACAGCUCUCAGAGGCUGCACUAAAGGCCAUGGAAGAGGCAGUGGCCCAAGUACCCCAGCAUGACCAGAGGCACCUGCUGGAAUCGAAGCAAGAGAAGAUGCAGCAACUGCAGGAGAAGCUGUGCCAAGAGGAGGAAGAGGAGAUCCUCCGGCUUCACCAGCAGAAAGAACAAUCUCUCAGCUCCCUGAGGGAGCGGCUGCAGACAGCCAUUGAGGAGGAGGAGGCCCGGAUGAGAGAGGAGGAAAGCCAGAGGCUAUCCUGGCUCCGAGCUCAGGUCCAGUCCAGCACACAGGCAGAUGAGGACCAAAUCAGGGCUGAGCAAGAGGCUUCCCUGAAGAAACUGAGAGAAGAGUUGGAGUCUCAACAGAAGGCUGAGAGGGCCAGCUUGGAACAGAAAAAUAGGCAAAUGCUGGAGCAGCUCAAGGAAGAGAUAGAGGCUUCAGAGAAGAGUGAGCAGGCUGCCCUGAAUGCCGCAAAGGAGAAGGCUCUGCAGCAGCUGAGGGAGCAGCUGGAAAGGGAGAGGAAAGAAGCUGUGGCAAUGCUGGAGAAGGAGCACAGUGCUGAGCUGGAGCGGCUCUGCUCCUCGUUGGAGGCCAAGCACCGGGAGGUGGUCUCCAGCCUCCAGAAGAAGAUAGAGGAAGCUCAACAGAAAGAGGAGGCCCAGCUGCAGAAGUGCCUUGGGCAAGUGGAGCACAGAGUUCACCAGAAGGCUUAUCACGUGGCUGAGUAUGAGCACGAGCUCAGCAGUCUCCUGCGAGAGAAGCGCCAGGAAGUGGAAGGGGAGCAUGAGAGGAGGUUGGACAAGAUGAAGGAGGAGCACCAGCAAGUGAUGGCUAAGGCCAGAGAGCAGUAUGAAGCUGAGGAGAGGAAGCAGCGGGCUGAGCUUCUGGGGCACCUGACCGGAGAGCUGGAGCGCCUGCAGAGGGCCCAUGAACGAGAACUGGAGACUGUGAGGCAGGAGCAACACAAGCGUCUUGAGGACUUGCGGCGCCGGCACAGGGAGCAGGAAAGGAAGCUCCAGGAUUUAGAGUUGGACCUUGAAACCAGAGCUAAAGAUGUCAAGGCCAGAUUGGCUCUGCUGGAGGUCCAGGAGGAGACCGCCCGGAGGGAGAAGCAGCAGCUGCUUGAUGUGCAGAGGCAGGUUGCUCUGAAGAGUGAGGAAGCCACAGCCACCCAUCAGCAGCUGGAGGAGGCACAGAAGGAGCACACCCACCUGUUGCAGUCAAACCAGCAGCUCCAAGAAAUUAAUGAUGAGCUGCAGGACCGCAAGCUGAAGCUGGAGUCCCAAGUGGAUCUGCUGCAGGCUCAGAGCCAGCAACUGCAGAAACACAUCAGCAGCCUGGAGGCUGAAGCUCAAAAGAAGCAGCACCUGUUGAGAGAAGUGACAGUUGAGGAAAAUAAUGCUUCCCCACAUUUUGAGCCAGAUCUCCACAUUGAGGACCUGAGGAAAUCCCUUGGGACAAACCAGACCAAAGAGGUGUCUUCUUCUCUUUCCCAGAGCAAGGAGGACUUAUACUUGGACAGCCUGUCCUCCCACAAUGUCUGGCACCUCCUCUCUGCUGAGGGGGUAGCCCUCCGUAGUGCCAAGGAGUUCCUUGUGCGACAGACACGCUCCAUGCGGAGGCGGCAGACAGCUCUGAAAGCUGCCCAGCAGCACUGGCGCCAUGAGCUGGCCAGUGCGCAGGAGGUGGCCAAAGACCCACCAGGCAUCAAGGCCCUGGAAGAUAGGCGCAAGAACCUGGAGAAGGAGACCAGGCACCUGGAUGAGAUGAAGUCGGCCAUGCGGAAAGGCCACAACCUGCUGGAGAAGAAAGAGGAGAAGCUGAAUCAGCUGGAGUCCUCUCUUUGGGAAGAGGCCUCAGAUGAGGGCACUCUGGGAGGAUCCCCCACCAAGAAGGCGGUAACCUUCGACCUCAGUGACAUGGACAGCCUGAGCAGUGAAAGUUCCGAAUCUUGUUCCCUGCCUCGCUGUGAGUGGUGGCAGCAGCAGAGGAUCAACUCAACCCCGAGUCUCACCUCCCGCAAGAUCCAUGGGAUGAGCCACUCCCUCCGGCAGAUCAGCAGCCAGCUGAGCAGCGUCCUCAGCAUCCUGGACAGCCUCAACCCUCCGUCGCCGCCGCCGCUUCUCGCCUCCACGCCAGCCCAGCUCCCUCCCCGGGACCCUAAGAGCACCCCCACCCCCACGUACUAUGGCUCCUUGGCCAGGUUCUCAGCCUUAUCAUCUGCUACACCCACGGCCACCCAAUGGGCCUGGGAUUCAGGGCGGGGGCCCAGGCUCCCCUCCUCUGUGGCUCAAACGGUGGACGACUUCCUGCUGGAGAAGUGGCGCAAGUAUUUUCCAUCUGGCAUCCCGCUGCUCAGCAACAGCCCUGCCCCACCGGAGAGCAGGCUGGGUUACGUGUCUGCCAGUGAGCAGCUCCGGGUCCUACAGCACUCCCAUUCCCAAGUCCCUGAGGCGGGCAGCACCACCUUUCAGGGCAUAAUUGAGGCCAACCGGAGGUGGCUGGAACGUGUCAAGAACGACCCCAGGUUACCUGUCUUCUCUUCAGCACCCAAGCCAAAAGCUACUUUGAGCCUCCUGCAGCUGGGCCUUGAUGAACACAACAGAGUGAAGGUGUAUCGCUUCUGAGGCCCUGAGCAGGGGCUUGGGGCAGCCCAGCCUCUCCUCCACCCAGACCAAGUGCCUGAGGAGCCGCCUGCCUUCUUCCAUCUGAGAAAGCACCCUCCUUCCCCCUUUGACUUGCAUGAGCCACCAGGGACCAGGGGGUUGAGUGGAACAGUAAAGCCACACAUUCUGUGACUACAUAACCUAUCUGGGGCUAAAAUGUGUGGACUUGUACGAGCUCUUGUCAUUGACAUGGCAAGCUGAUGGUGUGUGGUGGCUGUGGGGUAUCAGGGCCGGGAGCCCUUUGGGAGGAAGGGAGGUGUUAGAGGAGCUGCCUUUGGAGGCUCAGGGAGUCCCUUUGGAGCUGGUUGUUUCCUUGGCUGCAGCGCACUGCUCGGGGCUCCCAAGGAGGUUGUGCGUAUGGUUCUUAGUUCAUCGGGACAAAGACCCCCAGCAUGUGUGUACCCUGGGACCCGGUUUCUCUGGGCUCACAUCUAUCUACAAUACCUCAGCCUCAGAUCAGACGCUUUCUUUUUUGUCUUUCUUUUCUUAAUUUUUAAAUGCCUCUUUUCUUGAGCAUUCCGUCUCUCUUUUUGACUCUCUCAGGAUUGGGCUCAGCUGUCCAGAGCCCUGCCGGAGGGUGCUGGGGGCUGUCCCUCUGGAGGCAUUGUGUUUUCCUCGGGGGCUGUCCUCAGGAGUACCCCUCCUGCUCCCUGGGGCUCCUCAGGGAGCCAUUUCAGCUGGAGUCUCAGGUCUCAAACACAGCUUCUCUGGGAGGCCAAAAAAAGACUGGGAUGGCUUCUGGUCCUCAUGAUGGUUUUUAUCCUCCUGGGACACGUUGGGUAUAUUCAUGGGCAUUGUUUCCAUCUGUCUUUUCUACCUGUGCCACCCCUGCCCUGAUUCCGCGGCUGCCUCAGGCAGGCAGGCAAGGGGCUAGGCCGGUGCCCGGCCCUGGCAGCAAGGGAUCUUGUGCAGUUGGAGAUGCUGUCGUUGUGGCAGAGCGUCCUUCAGCCCCGCUUCCAUCAGCGGGCUCUGGGGUGGGGGCUUUGCAGGGGAUGUUCUCUGAUGUUUGUUCCGUUGUUUAAAUAAAAUGCACUUAUUUUUGUUUUUUUGCAA